CAUCAUCUGCGCCGGCAGCAGCUCGUCGUCUCUCCUGUCGGCCGUCAUUCGCAUUGACGACGUCCCACAGCAGCUCGGCAGCGGCACUGUCUGUCUGCCUGCUGCUGCCCUGAGGCAGCGAGCCGGCACACAGCAGCACGCUUUGGCGGCGGCGAGCAGGCACGCCUCUCGGCGACCUCGCUGCCGCCGCUUCUUUUGCUGCCCGCAACUCCUAGUGUGCCUCGCUACACGUCCUCAGAGGCUGAGCACCAAUGUUUGGACGCGGCAGCGUGUCGCCCGUCAAGGCCUCGUCUGUCGCCGCCGCCUCGCGGCGCCCGCUGGAGCGCAGCGCUGCGGGCGAUGAGAGUGCGGCCGCCGCCGCCGAGGCGGCGGCGCUGGCGUCGCUGCACAAGCGCAUGGCCGGGCCCUCGUCGGGCAAGGCCGGCCUCGCCGCCGACCACGGCACCAUCAACCGUGCCAUCUACGAGGCCAGCAAGGGCUCGCGCUUCUUCCGCCGCGAGGAGGAGGUCAAUGCGCGCAUCGAGGGCGAGGUGCGCCAGAUGCUCGAGCGCAAGGACGAGCUGCUGAAGCGCGUGCCCGAGGGCGGCACCGAGUGGCGCAACAUCGAGAAGCGCAUCGACGUGAUGGCCGCUGAGCUGGAGAAGACUCGAGACCUUUCGAGGGCCAUCGUGCAUGCGGACAUGGACGUCUUCUAUGGCGCAUGCGAGGUGCUCAAGGAUCCAACACUCGAAGGCACGUGCUUCGGCGUCGGCAAAGGCGUUCUUGUCACUGCCAGCUAUCCCGCGCGCGCCUUUGGCGUGCGCAGCGGCAUGGCCUCGCACAUUGCACUCAAGCUGUGUCCGCACAUCAGGCUUGUCGAUUCAGAUCACGCUUUAUACGCCGCCAAGUCUCGCGAGAUCCAAAGCGUGCUGCGCCAGUACGACGAGAACUUGCGUCCAGCAAGUCUGGACGAGUCGUAUCUCGAUCUCACCGACUACUGCGCGAACAACGAGAUGAGCGUCGACGAUGCUGUGGCGCAGCUGCGCAAGCAGGUGAAGGAGACGACGGGCCUGACGGUGUCAUGCGGUGUCGCGCCAAACUUGAUGCUGGCCAAGAUCUGCUCCGACCGCAACAAGCCGGACGGCCAGUACCGCAUCCUGCCCGAGCGCGCAGCGGUGCUCGAGUUCAUGUCGACGCUGCCGCCGCGCAAGGUGCCGGGCAUCGGCCGCGUCACGGAGCGCUGGCUCGACGCGCUCGGCAUCGAAACGUGCGGCGACAUCUGGAAGCACCGCGUCGUGCUCAGCUUGACGAUGCGGCACUACGAAGAGUUCCUGCAGGUCUACCUCGGCCUCGGCGGCAACAAGGUGGCCCCAUCUGCGCGAGGCUGGCGAAAGAGUGUGGGCCGCGAGCACACCUUCACUCCGACCUCCGACUACAAUCAGCUUCUCCUCUAUCUGCGCGAGAGCGCGGAGAAGGUGGCGCAAGAUCUGAAGGAGGAGGGCUACCAAGGCCAGAAAGUGACGCUGACUUGCAAGACCUCGGGCUAUGUUCGCUUCACCCGAGAUCGCAAGCUCCAGCGGCAUGUUUGGCUGGCCGACGACCUCUUCAGGCACGCCAAAGAGCUCUUCGACAUCGAGCGUCAGCGUCAAGGCACCUUCACACUGCGCCUCAUCGGAGUCCGGGCCGGCACGCUGCGCGACCUGAAGUCGGCCGACGCACCGGGCAAUCUCAAGGCAGCGUUCGAGCAUGCCAAUGCGCUGCAGAAGAGCGGCCCGCGGCACGAGAAGGGCGAGGAGCGCCUCGGCGACCUCGGCGCCUUCGUCUUUGGCAACGACGACGUCGCACAGAGCAGCCAGGAUGCCGAGCGCGAACUACAAGAGGCUAUUCGUGCCUCGCUCGAAGAGGCAGGCUUGAGUGAGCCCGCACCGGACGAGCUGCCGUCCCGCAGACCCACGCCGAGCAGAACGCCGUCCGACGCGUCAGAACCUGCAGCUACCGCACCCGCAGCCACGGCUCUGCAAGAGGCUGGAGCGCUUUCCUCUGUGCUCGGCAAGCGGCCUGCUCACUCUGAAGGCGGGGCUUCGGUCGAGGGCGGAGCGGAGUGUCCGCUGUGCGGCCGCACCGUGCAUUGGCCGGCGCAGGCGUCUGAUGCUGCCGCCAACGCGGCCAUGUCGCGCCACCUGGACUCUUCCGAGUGCGGCGCCACGACUGGGCCUCCUCUGCCCGAGCCCAAAGCGAAGAAGGCCAGGCGGCGCGGCAUCGAGGCCUUCUUCGGCAAGUCACUGUAGCGCUCCGCAACCCCGUCUCCUUGUCUCCAUCACAGCAGCAUCUGUAACAACAUCUCAUAGCAAUGUCACCUCAUCACCGCGCC